AUGCCAGGCUUUGAUUUCUCUAAUUACAACCGGAAUGCAGCUCUCCAUGCAAAGGGCGUGCCUCUUCCAAAGGCUACGAGCACUGGUACUACUAUUGUUGGUUGUAUCUUUGACGGGGGUGUAGUGAUUGCAGCUGAUACACGAGCUACGAGCGGGCCAAUCGUUGCUGACAAGAACUGCGAAAAACUUCACUACAUCACACCAAAAAUCUGGUGCGCUGGUGCAGGUACUGCUGCAGAUACCGAAUUCACGACCGCCCUCAUCAGCUCCAAUCUUGAACUUCAUGCCCUAUCCACCGGCCGGUCCCCCCGCGUUGUCACUUGCAUGACCAUGCUCAAACAACACCUAUUCCGACACCAGGGCCACAUUGGCGCGUAUCUCGUCGUCGCCGGCGUCGACCCUACUGGCGUCGGUCUCUACACCGUCCACGCCCACGGCUCCACUGACAAAUUACCUUACGUGACGAUGGGCUCUGGUUCCCUCGCGGCCAUGUCUGUAUUCGAGACAAUGUGGAAGCCAUCUCUGAAUCAAGAUGACGCCGUAAAGUUGUGUUCGGAGGCGAUUAAGGCGGGUAUUUUUAACGACUUGGGCUCUGGAAGUAAUGUGGAUGUGUGUGUGGUUCAUAAGGAGAAGCCGACGCAGUUACUGAGGAAUUAUAUUAAGCCGAAUGAAAGGGGCCAGAAGGAGAGGAGUUAUCGGUUUGCGAGAGGGACGACAGCUUGGUUGGAUGAGAAGAUUAUUACCAAGGCGGAUAUCGGGCGAUAUAUUACCGUGCAGGAGCUUGGGAGUGAGGGGACUGUAGUUGCUGAGAAGAUGGAAGUGGAUUCUUAG